GUGUAUUUCAACUUCUGCCAGGCUUCGAAACUUUCCUUGGAUCUCUCCGGCCUUCAUCAAAGACAUCACCAUCGUGCUUGGAACGCCUUCUUGUUAUGAUCCAACCCAUCACCACUAUCUCGCAACGCCCGCUCACGAUCUUGCCUUUCGAUUUCAAAAUUAGGCCUCGAUCUUGUCUUCCAACUCCUUUCAAAUCUCUGGAUAGGCCUCAAUAUUAUCUUUGAACGCUUAGUCACUAUCUUUGAACGCCCAGUUACCAGCUUCGAACGCCUCGUUUUUCUCUUCGAAGACCCUCAAUUUCACAAUGGACGCGUCCACCAGUUCUUCCGACUCCUCCAUAAUCCGGAGAGAGGCUCCUCCAGCUAUCGUCAGGAGCAGCAACUUUACCCCCCGCCGGCCUACCACUCCCACCCUGGACAGCUCCCCUGACCCCUCCAACGCCUCUCUUGGUCUCUCCAGCGCCGCUUACUCUGCCACCUAUGACGCCUCGUUGGCUCCGUCUUCCUUUGCCGCUCCCUCCUACUUUGAAGCUGAGGAGUUCCACCAUCAUGUCGUCUGUGCUGUAGCCGAAUCUCGCUCAGCCGGCGUUAUCGGCCUCGCCACGAUCAAUUUGACCCUAGCCAGCUCCCAGAUUAUCACCAUUGCCAAUGAAAGCAACUAUACGACUCUCAAGCAGACUCUCUCUGCCAUGCAGCACAAGCCGACCACAUUCAUCACUCUGCCCCGUAUCACUGCGGACCGUGCCUCUUCCAGACUGGCCGAGGUCUUGGAAGACGAAAUUGGGUGGCCUACUUACACCACCACGAUGCCCAGAGGAUGUUGGGACAAAGCUCUUGGAAUCAUCAACAUUGAGUACUACGCCUAUAGCGACCAGAUUGCCCCUCUCAAAGUCAUACUGUCAUCCAACAACUUCUACGCCGCCUGCGCCUUCGCGGCCGUCGUCUCCUACAUAGAGAGCUACCAUGGCCUCGCAAUCCGAGCAGGCGCACUCAACAUCGAGUACGUCGAGCCCUCCGGAGUCAUGCGGAUGGACAAAGCAGCCAUCCAAGCAUUAGAACUCCUCCGCAACGGGCGCCAAGCCCAACCGGGCGACAACACGUUGUUCGCGUUAGCAAACAACACGCGGACUCCGGAGGGCCGGCGCCUGCUCACGAGGAGCGUCCUCCAGCCGAUGACGAACGAGGAGGAGAUCAACCUCCACCACGACGCGGUAGAAACUCUGUGUGGCGACGAAGACGUGUUCCGGAAGCUAAGAGAUUGGUUGAAGGAGUUCGACGGGAUCGACUUGGAGUCUAUCUCCGGCUGGUUGGCAAUAGAUCAUAAUGUGAUUCGGCACCCCGUGCAAAGCGGAAUCGUGUCGAGCAGUGGUCGGCACAUGUCGGCGGCCGUGGGAGCCCAUGAGCUCUCACAAGCCGAGGGGGAUUUGAGCCGGGUCCUUGGGCUCAAAUCCUACCUCAAAAACGUCCAAGCCCUCCACCAACUUCUCCGGGCCGCGGACGUGACCGACCACUUGCUUGUGAGUGUAGUGAGCAAGACCGGCGCCGACAAGACCGGGCCGACCCUCGGCCUCCUCGCGGCGGUCCUCCAAGAAGACGCCGCCUACAGCCGUAGCGCGGCUGAGAUAGGGCACGCCCGGAUGUGGGCAAUCCGGGCGUUGCCCAACGACGCCAUCGACCUUGCCCGUACUGAGCACAGGAGGACGCGCGAGGAGGCCGAGGCCUACUUUGCCCUGAAGCUCGCCCUGUUCCAAGAGGUCUUGGGUGAAGCCGCUGCCCCGAAACUAUUCGAUGACAAGGACAAAGGACUGUGCUUUAAGUUCAAGUGGGCGGAUGUCCGUCAAUAUGUCGACACCGACGAGCCGCAGCCCGGGGAAAUUUGGGGUCAAGCCAAGAUUGGUUGUGUAAGGGUCAACCUCGGAAUCCGAAGAGGCGAGCACUACCUGUGCCAGACCGACCGCUUGCUUGAAUUGAGCCAGCAACUUCGAGUCCACUCCGAUAUCAUCACCAAGGAAAGCGACAAGUACGUCCUCGAGUUGCGUAACGCCAUCGCAGAGGCUGGUUAUGUGACCGACCUCACCGCGAUAGCAAAGGCUGUCGCCCAGUUGGACUUGAUCUGUUCCCACGCCGAAUUAACAACCACCCAUGGAUAUGUUCGCCCAAAGCUCGGCAAGGAACUCGCUUUGAUCAAAGCCCGUCACCCCAUCAUGGAAGCCAGAAGAGGUUUCGUUCCCAACGACGUGUUCUCUGGCGAUGACACCAAGUUCGUGGUAGUGACCGGUACAAACAUGGGCGGCAAGACGACAUACAUCAAGACAAUUGCCCUCAUUCAGAUUCUCGCUCAGAUCGGCUGUUUCGUUCCAGCAGAGAGGGCAGCUGUUCCAAUUUGCGACCGAAUCUUUGUCCGGUCUGCAACCAACGACAAUGCUGCAGGCAAUGCCGGUACAUUUGCGGUAGAGAUGGACGAAAUGUCUGUCAUUUUGCACGGCGCCACCAACAAGAGCUUGGUGAUCAUUGAUGAACUUGGUCGAGGAACCUCCACCGCCGAGGGUCUAGGACUCGCCGCCGCCAUGGCAGAAGAGCUCGUAAAGAAGAAGUCUCGUGUCUUUUUCGCAACCCAUUUCCUCGAUCUGGGCAAAAUGUUGAAUGCCUGGUAUCCAUCACAAGUUCUUAACGUCCACAUGACCAGCCAUGGUUCUGUCGAGGACGGCCACGCCACGAUUUCCCUCCCCCACACCGUCGUCGCCGGCCCGGUGAACAAUUGGGAUUACGGCCUGGAGCUCGCCAGUCGCUACUUCCCAGCAAGCCUCAUCGAGAGUGCCAGACAGUGGUCAAAAUAUCACCAAGAGCAAGCAGAGCUUAGCCGCAAAGAGAGGACGUCAGACGAGAUGAAGAGCGCAGCGGAGGUCGCCCUUAUGCAUCAUAUGGAGCAGGCGCUGUCUUCACAGAUGAGUAACAUUGAGUUGGCGGAGAGAUUGGAGGUGGUGACCGAUCAGUACAAGGCCUUGGAAGAGAGAGGUGAGGUGUCGAAUGAGGGCGGUGAGGCUUCGAAUGAUAAUGCCGAGGCCUAA